UUAGAUUGGGCUUGCAUUAAGCCUAACUAUAGAAGCCCAAUAGUGCCAAUUUAAACUGCCGCCAAACUCCUGAAUGGUCGUCUCAAAUUCCCGAAAAUGUCCUCAUCGCCUCCGCCGGAGAUUCCUCUUCUCCCCUCCCAAAACCCUAGCAACUGGCGUUUCACAUGGGAGGCGCAAUCUCACAUUCCGACCAUCCGAUUGUACCUCUUCAAUCCACAUGCGAAACCUUCCUCUCAAUGCACCGAAUUGAAAUCCGAAUUACUCAUCGAAAAGUCUUCGUUAUUAGUUAGCUUCAUCCUCGCCGGAGCAAAGACUUCACUGAAGGUCCCGCUCCCUAAGGCUUUGAUUGACCCGGAGUCACCGGUUAAUUUCAGAGCUCACGAUGAUCAUAUUGAAUUCAAAUGCCCUCUUCUUUUUCCUAUCGACCAUCCUCUUGUCUCGGAAUUCGAUUUCGCCUCCUCCGGCGAGCUUCGGCCACUAUCCGCUGAUACUGAUGCAAGGGAAUUAUCAGCUUUAGAGGAAGUUUACUUUUACUGCAGAAAUUGCUCAACUAAAUUGACGAAGUCCCUCAGUUGUUUCAAAGUAUUGCCGUCAGUCAAUUGGCAAGAAGCGGCUGAUAAUUGGUUUGGGACUUGUUGUUGUUCGUUUGGAGGAAUCAGUGAGAAGUUGGUUGCAAAAUAUGCCAAGUCUUACUCUUGUUGUGCAGGCACUUGCCUCUUGGAUACAGCGUCUGUUAAUCUAUGCAAGGACGACCUUUUGGGAUGCCAUUUUCCUGUCAACAAUGGGGGCAAAGAUAAUGGAUUUGAUAUUAAGUUAGCCAGUAACAGUUCUGUUACCCAAACCUCUGCUACUGAUAUCAGUGAUCAGGGGAGAACAGUUUUGCAGAAUGUUGAUGGUGGAGGUUGCCAUGUUGCUUUAGAAGAUGGAGACACCAAAAAUGGUGUCGACUGUGAUCGCUUAUCGUUGAUGUAUUCGCAGUUGCAUGUUGCAGAAAAUCUAGAAAAAUCAGCUAAUUUUAGUUCUGAUUUGAAAAAUGAUGUUGGCAAAUGUGAUAUUGGAUGUUGUGAUUCACAUUUGUCUGUUGAUUCUUUUAAGAGAGAAGAUGCUGCAAAGGAAAACGAACUACAAAUGCACCAGAAAGUACUGCUAAAUGGUUUUCUUUCGAAUGGUCUCAUAGCAAGAUCCUCCAAUCUUUCAAAAGAUGUUAAUUGGGUGGAGUUUUUGUGUCCUCACUGUUCCUCUGUGCUUGGAGCAUACCCAAGCUUGAGUGAUUAUGCCCCCUUGGAUGGUGGGGUUCGGUUGUUCAAAUGCCACAUUUCGAGUUCUUUGCCUGUUGGUGGUUUUAAUGAUUUAUUUAGGUAAGCAAACUAUCACAACGGCUUCUCUGGUUAAUUUUAUUAAGAGCUACUUUCAUGUAAAAGAUACAUUGCUGAGAUUUUAACUAUUUGUUGGAUCAAUGGUGAUAGACACUAUAGUUUGGAGAGGAUGUUUGCUAUUCAAUUGCUGGAAAGUGCAAGAGAUGAACUAUCAUUUCGAACUGUUGUUAGAGAUAUGCAUACUCACCAACCGAUGUUGCAAAUGGUCACGUUAAACCCAGAUUGUUGGUCCUGUAGUGGAUGUUGUUUGAACACCGUGGAAUCAGCUUAUAGGACAAGAAUGUAUCCCACUCUCAAGGUGCUAUUUUCUGGCUGUGGCUGUGAUGACGAGGGAGUUGAGUCCUUGUAAGUUGUUUCGAACAUGUUGAUGUGCAUUUAUUCGUUACCAUUUUAGAGUUGACCAUGUCCAUGUCGUGUUACAACUAGGUUAUAGGAAUUCCUUCUAAACUAUUGGCCCCCCACAGUAAUUUUCACGCUCGGUAUUAGCUUGCUGCAGGCGGCGCUAUAUCAUUGGGAGGCUGUACUAUAUUAUAAGAAUUUUUAGAUUGUAACUUUGUUAGUAGUUUUGACUUUAAAGCUUGGAGAAUAAUUUUUUCUCUUUUCUCUUGGUCCAACAUUUCCACUGUCUGGUUGAAUUUCUCAGGAAGCUUGAAGAGUGGAUUAGCAAGAAUCAAGUUGACGAACUUUACAUGUUGCGGUCUCAGAUAGGAGAGUUGAUUGUUUCUUUGAAGUCAGCUAAUAGUGCAUAUCCACCAUCACAAGUGGUUCUGCAGGCCCUGUCUCUUUCAUCCUUGAGGAGAUAACUCGCUACGCCUAUACAAGGGUCUCUCAUUUCUUCAGUGUGCGACUCAGAACGAUAAGAAGGCAAGAGUACUUGAGACUUCUUAUCUCAUAUAUUCAACUUAGAUAAGUCGGUUUGCAUUUGACUGGUCUGAGUGAUGGAGCAUCACCUUUUUUAGUGGCGAAUUCCAGAGAUUUGGUGCCUUUUGGUGGACUAUCAGAGCCAGAUUCUUUGUUCCUGUCUUCCGAGAUUGAUUAAUAUCCAAAAGGUGUACAAUGUAUCAACAGAUAACAGUGGCAUGGCACUGCAGAAGGGCAUAGAAGUUGAAAGCAUGCUAGCUAGUCGUACCAUUUUCGCCAUUCCCCGGUCCAAAGGUAGCAAUGUGGCAUCCUGGUUUAUUGAUGUUUUAGUACACUACACAAGUUAGGACUUGGGAGCAUUUGUGCAUGUCUUAUUACACUACACAAGUUAGGAGCAUAUUAUCAGUAUUCUCUCCUUAUUCAAAUACGUCAGUGUCAUGUAAAGAUUGAAAGUUUUUAGUGCAACCUUUUGAAAUUAGUUAACUCGAUCGUAUCAACUACAGUUUAGUUCUAAAUUAGAGAAGGAAAAAGAUGGGGCUUAGUUUAAUGUGAUCCGACCUUUGGAGCC